UCGUUUGGUUGCAUGUUGAAAAUUGAUGAGAACUGCUUGGGUCGUCGCAAGUUCCACCAAAAUAGAAACUCGAACGGUCAAAAAAAUGAAAUGGCCGGAGGUGUCUUUGAAGGAAAGACGCUGAAGCUAAUCUUGUGGAUGUAGAUUUUUCCCAGCAAGGAUCUAAGGGACCCACGUGGCUUGGGUACACGAGUAGAAAAGCCGGGUUGUUUAGACGGAUCGUGAAUAUUGACAGAGCUUGAGAGACUUGAAGUUGAACUACAAUGGGGGAUCAGUGUGUUAUUUUGGUGACCGGGGGGACUGGUUUGGUGGGACAGGCCAUCAAGACGAUCGCUGAGGGCGAGGAGAAUAGGCCCAAUGAACAGUGGUACUUUGCCAGCUCCAAGGAUGGGGACCUCUCAGUACGUGAGGACACAGAGAAGCUGUUUGCCAAGGUCAAGCCCACACACGUCAUUCAUCUAGCAGCCAUGGUUGGAGGCUUGUUCCGUAAUCUCAAAUACAAUCUGGACUUUUAUAGGAUCAACACCUUGAUCAAUGACAAUGUGUUGAACGUCAGCUACAAGACAGGUGUGAAGAAGGUGGUGUCCUGUCUGUCUACCUGUAUAUUCCCAGACAAAACCACCUACCCCAUCGACGAAACCAUGGUCCACAAUGGUCCACCACAUGACUCCAACUUUGGUUACUCCUACUCGAAGAGAAUGAUUGAUGUGUUAAAUAGGGCUUACAACAAACAGCAUGGCUGUCAGUUCACCUCUGUGGUUCCAACCAAUGUGUACGGUGCCCAUGACAACUUCAACCUUGAAGACGGCCAUGUUCUCCCCGGUCUCAUCCACAAGAUCUACACCGCCAAAAAGAACAACACCCCCUUCACAGUUUGGGGUACUGGAUCCCCCCGCAGACAGUUCAUCUACUCGCUGGAUCUCGCCCGCCUCAUGAUCUGGGUACUGAGGGAGUACCCAGAGAUUGACCCAAUUAUCCUCUCAGUGGGUGAGGAAGACGAGGUCAGUAUCAAGGAGGCAGCUGAGGCGGUUGUCGAGGCGAUGGAUUUCAAGGGCGAGGUCAAGUACGACACCACCAAGUCGGACGGUCAGUUCAAGAAGACGGCCAGCAACGCCAAGCUACGGAAGUACCGACCCGACUUCAAAUUCACACCGUUCAAACAAGCUGUGAAGGAGUCCUGUGACUGGUUUGUGGCCAACUAUGAAACAGCGAGAAAGUAACAAGAAUCUCUGUGUAAUAGAACGGGCAAAUUUUCAUUUGUUUUGUCAUAAACGUAAUCGGCAUGGAAUCAUGAAGAACAAAUUUUAUUAGAACAAUUUUGUUCUAGCUUUGAGAGCUAGCUUGGGUAUAUUCAUAACCAGGUUUUUCUACUUUAUGUCAUUCUCUCCAUUUGUUUGGUUUGCUCAUUUUGCUUGUUUUGUGAAUGAUCAUUUAUUUAUCUGAGUGAAUAUAUAUAUGGUUAUUGUAUAUUUUGUUGGAUGUAGAAAAGAGCCAUCGACUUAAUUUUUAAAGUCAUCAUUUUGUGGGAUAUGCAGCUGUUUUGUCCGAAUUUUU